CGUUACAACUUACAAAUACCUUAACUCCUAACUAAACCCGUACCCGCAUCCAAGUCGUAAAGGGUCAUCCUAUCUUCAAAAAACGGACUUCUGUUGAUUCCGGCACCGACGACCACCGUCAUCGGAGAUGCUUACGUGGCAGUCCAACUUUCCGGUAACCAGUCAAACAUCACGGAUUAUACGCUUCGGAAAAACCGUAACUCCGGUGGUGGCGUUUUCUUCUUCCUCUCAUAUUCAUCAACGAUCCCUCAGAUAUGCAGUGCUUGGUGCUGGAUUUGCUGGAUUGUCAGUAGCAUGGCACUUGUUAGAACGCAGUGCUACCGAUUUGCGUGUUUGCGUUGAUGUUCUUGAUGAGAUAGGAAUUGGAGGUGGUGCUUCGGGAGUGGCUGGAGGACUACUUCAUCCUUAUUCUCCUAAAGUUAAACCUCUUUGGAUGGCAGCCAAGUGCUGGGAAGAGACUUUAAGGCUUUUAAGUAUUGCUGAAACACAAAAUGGAGCACUUAAUCAGAACUCUAAUGUAUUUAUUGCGCGGAGAAAGGGUAUUUUGAGACCAGUAGUCAGCUUGAAAAACAUGAGCGUGAUGAAUGAUAAUGCUCAGAACUCUCUUGCCAGUUGCAGAAUACGGUCUAUUAACGAAGAUGCAGCCCAGAGUUUAGUACCUAAUAUAUCUGUACCGUUGGAUUUGGCGUUUUAUAUGCCUGAUGCUGUAAACAUACACCCCCAAGGCUAUCUUGAGGCCCUUUAUUUAGCUUGUGAAACUCUGGCAAAAGAAAUGUCUAGUGUGGGACCUGGUGAAAAGGCGAUAAACUUUCACAAGAGAUCUAUUGGCCACCUCCUUGAAUUAGAGGGUGAGUACGAUGCUGUUAUUGUAUGUUUGGGAGCCAGAUCCACUUUCCUCCCGGAGCUUUCAGGAAAGUUACCGCUGAGGACUUGUAGAGGCAUCAUUGCCCACUUGCGUCUUCCCGACAAUACCAGCGAAGAAUUUCUAGAACAUAGCCCGUCAAUCUUGUCAGACGCCUGGAUCGCCAUCCAGAAUCCUCGAAACCUAUACGCGGGUUCCACAUGGGAAUGGAAGUCUCGCAACUAUUCCCAAAAUGUGUCAACGGAGGAAGCUUCUAAAGCUUUGGAAGAACUUAUACCAAAAGCAUCCGCAGUUUAUCCAAACAUUUCAAAAUGGGCUUUCAACGGAGCGCGUGCAGGUCUAAGAGCAAUGCCACCACUUACAAGUAACGGAUCUCUUCCACUUUUAGGUCAAAUAGAUGAUCUUAUUGGUCAAACUCAUAAGAGCAAGUUUUGGUUGUUUUCGGGUCUCGGGUCUAGAGGUCUGUUGUACCAUGCAUGGCUCGGGAAAUUGACCGCACAAGCGGUUAUUUCUUGCGAUGAGGAUGUAAUUCCGCUUGAAUUGACCUCUUGGAGACCAAAAUUAAUCAGAAAAUCGUAAUUUUUUAAACGCUAAAAA